AUGGAUCUCUUCUCGCUCGCUGGCAGAACCGCUCUAGUCACCGGGGGCACCCGGGGGAUUGGAAAGCAGAUGGCGAUUGGGCUGGCGGAAGCGGGUGCCGAUGUGGUGCUUGUCCAGAGGGAUGCUGUCAACCAAGACACCAAGCAGAAGAUCGAAGCGCUUGGACAGAAGGCAACCAUUUACACAGCGGAUCUGGCAUCCCGACCAGCCAUUUCUGCGUUGGUUACUAGUGUUCUGAACGAUGGACACGAUGUUAGUGUCCUACUGAAUUGUGCCGGUAUCCAGCGACGGCACCCGGCCCAUCAGUUUCCUGACGAAGACUGGGACGAGGUCCUGCAAGUCAACUUGUCCACGGUAUUCAGCCUUUGCCGCGAUAUUGGGGCCUACAUGCUGAAGCGUACACCCGACUCUAACGGCCACCGAGGAAACAUCAUUAACGUCGCAUCGUUGGUUUCGUUCCAAGGAGGUCUGAACGUACCUGCGUAUGCAGCAGCAAAGGGAGGAAUUGCACAACUGACCAAGGCACUGUCCAACGAGUGGUCUAGCAAAGGGGUGAAAGUGAAUGCCAUUGCACCGGGGUAUGUGGCGACCGACAUGACAUCGGCGUUGAUGCAGGAUCCGGAGCGGUCAAAGAGCAUUCUGGACCGCAUCCCAGCGGGACGAUGGGGCCAGCCAGAGGACUUUAAAGGAGUGACGGUGUUCCUGGCCAGCCGAGCGAGUGGAUAUGUGACGGGAGAGGUGUUGACGGUGGAUGGUGGAUGGAUGGGACGGUAG